UGAGAGGAAGCUGGUCCAGCCCCAGGGGUCCUCCUGGAGAGGACAUCAUGACCGACACCAGCGAGGGCGAGGACGCCCUGGAGCUGGAAGAGGACUCUUCAGAGUGCACCAAAAGGCCCCGUAUGAUUUCAGUCCCAAAGGACCCAGUGAAGUAUAUCUUUGGAACCAGCCAGGUGUUCCAGGGCUUCGAUGAAUCCGUAACAAAGCCCAAGGGCUCAGCAGUGCCUCUCAAAGUCCGGGAGUACUACUACCAAGGGCAGGCGUACUUAGAGCAAGAGAAGUGGGAGAUGGCCGUGCUGUUCUUUUCCCGUGCCCUCCACCUGGACUCCAAGAUGGUAGAAUUCUACGCCUUGCGGGCCGAGGCUUACAUUCAGCUCUGCGACUUCUCCUCCGCUGCCCAGAACUUGCGAAUGGCAUAUUCCUUCGAGCCAGAGAACACAAAAUACCAGGAGCGGCUCACCUUGGUGCUUUACAUCCAGGGCCAGUGCCUGUUUGAUCAGUGCUCCUACGAGGAUGCCCUGAACGUCUUCUCACAAGCCUCUGAGCUCCAGCCCCAGAAAGCCUGCUUCCGCUACCGGUGCAUGGCCUGCCUCCUGGCGCUCAGACGGCAUCAAGACUGCCUCCUGCUCCUCACCAAGGAGCUGAAGCAAGGCUCGGCCAAUGUGGACAUGUACAUCCUGCGGGCCAGGGUCUACAACUUCUUCCGCAAGGCCAGCUUCUGCUACCGGGACCUGCACAGUUCCUUGCUGCUGGAUCCCCAGAACCCACAGGCCAAGGCGCUCCUCAAGGUGAUGGUGGACCAGGCCCAGCAGGCACGCCAGGACGCGGGGAUCUUCGCAGUCCAGGGCAACAUGCAGCGCGCCAUACAGCGCAUCAACUGUGCCAUCGAGAACAGCCCCCUGGACCCCAGCCUCCUCUUCUUCCGGGGCAUCAUGUACCGACGGCUGCAUGACUUUGAUGGCGCUGUGGAGGACUUCCUGAAGGCGCUGGACCUGGUGCCAGAGAACCAGGAAGUCCUGGUGCGGCAGGUGCAGCGGCAGCUGCUGCUGACCUACAACGACUUUGCGGUGCAGUGCUACCGGCAGGGCGCCUACCAGGAGGGCGUGCUGCUGCUGAACAAGGUGCUCCGCGAUGAGCAGCGUGAGAAAAGCCUGUACAUCAACCGCGGAGAUUGCUUCUUCCAGAUGGGCAACCUGACCUUUGCUGAGGCCGAUUAUCAGCAGGCGCUGGCGCUGAGCCCCUCGGACCAGGGCGCCAAUCUGCGCAUGAGCCUGCUGCAGGAGAGGCUGGGCUGCUGGGAGCUGAGGCACAGGCAGUUCCAUAAGGCAGAGAGCCACUUCACGACGGCCAUCAAGCACAAUCCCAAGCAAAGCCGCCACUACAUCCAGCGGGCCAAGAGCCGACAGCUGCUGCAGAAACUUUUUGGAGCCCGCCAGGACGUCGCCACUGCCCUGAUCAUCGAACCUCGAAACCCACAGCUGCUCCCGCUGGUGACCAACCUCUUCCCCGGCAUGUCGGUAGAGGAAGUGCUUAGUAGCCAGGUGGCCCAACUGGCCAUGUUGCAGCUGCAGCAGUUGCUGGAGACCAAUCAACAAUUCAGGAUCCCAGAAGGCAUUGUGGGGUUGCUCAAGGAGCGGGAAGUGGUACGCCAGAAGGCUCGUGCCCUACAGCAAGCAUGGACGCUGGAGCAGUCGUCCUCCAAAGAGCAAGAGCAGCGACUUUCCUCCGAAGAGCCAGUGGACACCGGCCAGGCUCUGCACAAUAGCCCCAAGGAAGGAGCUGAGGCCCAGGAGGAGGAGGAGGAGGAGGAGGACGAAGAGGAGAAGGGAAAGGAGGAGGGAACCAAGCUGCCCCCCAAGAGGAAGACCUCCCUGUCCAGUGGCUACCUCGACCGGACCUCCUCGGGCUCCAUCUUUGGCUUCACGGCUGCAUCCCUCUCAGAGACAGAGGCAUCCACCAUCUAUAGAAGCAUUUCGUCCACUGCCCUGACGUCCUCUGACUCCUCACUGCCCAAGAGUCCACUCUCGGACUCUGAGGUCAACAGGAAGGACGCAAGUCUACAGCAGAAUGCUAGCAAAACCAAGCCCGCACCGGGACAGAGCCAGAGCCUUGGCCAGACCAAGGACUCCAAGGGCCCACAGCAGAGGCCCAGCAAGACCAGGACCCCCCAGGCCUCGAGGGCCACCACGACCGAGGGCCCCCAGGCCUCAAGUCAGAGACCCAGCAAGACCGAGGGCCCCAAGGCCCCAAGGCAGAGGCUCAGGAAGGCCAAGGCUGCCCAGAACCGGAACCGGGAGCGAAGCAAGUUCCCUGCCCAGGGCCAGAGCUGGGGGCUGAGUCGAAGCUCCAGCAAGACCAAAGGUUUCUGUGACCUCAGUCAGAGGCCCCUGGUGGUCAGUGCCGCCAAGGACCAGAAUGGGAAACAAAGCCCAAUUCCCAGCAAGAGAAAAGUGUUCUCUCAGAAGUCUGGCAAGGAGAAAGCUGCCCAGGGACACAGCCCGAGCCUCAGUAGGACCGAGGUCACAUCUGGCCCAAGCCAGAGUCCCCAAAGGACUGAGUCUACCCAGAGCCAGAGCCAAAGUCCUAGCAAGAAGAAGGCUACCCAAGGCCCCAGCAAGACCGAGCCCAUGCAGAGUCCCAGCCAACUCCUCAAGAACACAUCUGCCCAGCCCCACAACCAGAGAGAGGCCAGCCUGGCUCGGAAGCAGAGCCCCAGCACCACCAAGACUGAUGGCCGCAGUCCCAGCAGGAAGCCUGCUCCCUGAAGGGCCACCGGGAAGAGAAGUGCCCGCCCACUGGGCAGAGUGAUCACACACCCCCGCCGUUUCUCUGGCUCCAGGGCCAAGUUUAUUGAACUUGUUCUCUUCUUUGACAACGUUAAAAA